AUGCUGCUUGGAUCCCCUCUGUCGUCUCGAAAUGCUUGCCUUUUCAGACUAACGGAACAACUACAACAGCUAGUGAUACAUAUAUUUUUUAAGCCCUACAGACCCGAUCCCUGUGAUCUAGAUUACGCCGACGUGGACUACAAGUCGGCCUACUAUUACGGCCCUAUCAACUACAAAGCCGCGUCCAUUUACGCUGCCAUGAAAAGAAACCAGAACAACAAUCGACUGGAAGAGGUUGAAAAGGACGAUCUGCUGUAGGGAACUGUCUGAAAUUGUUGCAUCUUUUAGGGUAAUCUGUUUUUUCUCGACGACCAUUUUCCAUAUCGUUUUCCCUGUAAGUAGCUCCAAGCAAGUGUUUUUAUGUAUGACUUCUUUGUUGUUUAUUUGUGAAUGGAAAAUGAUCGUCGGCAUAUUCUGGGGUGAAAGCAAAGUUUGCUACUGCUAUAGCUGGGUCCGUGAAUACACCAAACGUAAGUCGUAGUAGCAUCGUCUUCGAAUACCUCUUAUUCAAAGCAUCGCGUUCAUGGGACCAGUCAAGAGGUUCCAUUGGGACAAAUUUAUCAAUUUCCAUACAAUAAAUAACAAAAAGUGUUCGAUCCGCGUACCAGGUGACAAUGAGAAUUGGAAACAAGCUUAAUUGUUUUGAAGAUAUCGCUGCAAGAUUGGGAUAUGCUUAGUUAGCCAUUAGGAGGCAUUUCCCUUCCGCUUUAACCGGAAGUGACCUUGAACUUCGUUUUUCAAAUGGAAACCUGCAUAUUUCCUUCUACAUAUAAUCCCACUCUAUACAAAAUGCUCUUUCCAACGGUGAAGCUUUUAUGUUCAGAUUGGUCUAAUAAAUCUGAGAUAACUUUGUCCGAAUCGAAUUUUCAGCCACUCGGUAUGUUCUUGUCAGACGUGAUUAUGUAAAAAAAGUGGAGUCGGUAAUUUUUUCCCACGAAUGCCAGAUUUUCUUCUAGUCUAUGAGUAAGAAAUGACGGAACCAAGCUUGCCAGGAACCAGGCUGUCAGUAUCAUAGUAUAUCACCCAUUAGAAUUUCACACCGUUCAUUCUCAAAAUGCACAAACACUUAGGCUUAAUAGCAGCUAUAGUUGUAGCGACGUGUAGCCUCUUUGUAAGCGAAUAUAGGUUAUGUACAUAACGUUUUUAAAUGUCAGCCUUCUGUAAAUGUUCGAAUCCCUAUGAAGGUUUUUUAAAGUUUGUAUACGUAUGUAAAUAAUAUUUUAUAUUUAUAAAAUGAUAUAUUUUAAAACAUAUCGAUGAAAUUCGCUGACGAAUCUCCUUGUUAACUAUGUUAUAAGUUCAUUAACAUGAAUAUAUACAAACUUGUUGUCAAUAUUUGUGGCCAAUUUUAUCACUAUCCGUUAUGUCUGAAUCACGAUGUAAAGCUUGUUUUAUAUGUCCAAAACGGACGCAGGAAGGUAAACGCAUAUUAAAACAAGAAAGAUUGAUAUUCAAAUGAAGUUGGGUACUUUAUUUUGAAGGUUCAUUUAUACCAUUUAUGUAUGAAAAAUAAUAUCGCUCAAAUGUUCACCUCGACUCGAUUUGCAGACGUCCACGCGAUGGUCGAAAUUUUCAAUGACAUUUUGCAACAUGGUCGGUUCUAUGGCAUUUAUCUCGGCAAUGAUGUUGUUUUUGAGUUCUUGGAGGGUGCCUUGUUUGUUGACGUAGACUUUGCUUUUCAGAUAUCCCCAUAAAAAGAAGUCCUAGGCAGUCGAAUCGCACGAUCUUGGUGGCCAUGGCACAUUU